UUCUCUUUUAAACUCACUCAAAACUCGAAAACAAAGCAAAACAAAGAGCUUCUUUUCUCUAUUAUCAGCAGCUCAGUUCAAUCAUAAAAAUGGCAUCUUUUGUUUCCAAAGCUCUCACUUUGCUCUUUAUCAUCUCUCUACUCCAUUUGGGUUCAUCGGCGAGGACUCUUUCGGGCGAGUCCGACCAAACCCAAGAGCCUCUUCCAUUCCAGUACCACAAUGGCCCUCUUCUCUUUGGAAAAAUCUCCAUUAACCUAAUAUGGUACGGAAACUUCAAGCCAUCCCAACAAGCCAUUGUCUCCGACUUCAUUACCUCCCUUACAUCUUCUUCUUCGAAACCCAACACAGACCAACCAUCAGUCAACACGUGGUGGAAGACCCUCGAAACCUACCACCGCCUCGCCAACUCCAAGAAACCAUCGUCCCUCUCUGUCUCGUUAGGAUCCCAGUUCAUCGACGAGAACUACUCUCUCGGGAAAACGUUGACCAAUCAACACAUCGUGCGACUGGCCUCCAAGGGCGGUCAAAAGGACGCCAUCAACGUUGUAUUGACAGCCGCUGGCGUGGCCGUCGAAGGGUUCUGCUCUAGUAAGUGUGGGUCACACGGGUCAUCUCUGUCCGGAGUCGGUAACCACUUGAGGGGAAAGAGCUCCAAGUUCGCUUACAUCUGGGUCGGAAACUCGGAGACUCAGUGCCCAGGUCAAUGCGCAUGGCCGUUCCACCAGCCCAUUUAUGGACCACAGGCACAGCCCCUGAUUGCCCCAAACAACGACGUGGGUCUGGACGGAGUGAUCAUCAACCUGGCUAGCCUUUUGGCGGGAACCGUAACGAACCCGUUCGGAAAUGGGUACUUCCAAGGGCCGAAGGAGGCUCCACUAGAGGCGUCUUCGGCUUGCCCCGGUACUUUUGGGAAGGGGGCCUACCCUGGAUACGCCGGUGACCUCCUGGUUGACCCCACGACUGGUGCCAGCUACAAUGCUCACGGUGGGAAUGGGAGGAAGUACUUGCUUCCUGCUCUCUUUGACCCUUCCACCUCCACUUGUUCUACAUUGGUUUGAGAUUCAGAUACGAAGAGUAACUAUUAUUAAUUAGGGUAUAUAAUAUAUAUAUACAUAUAUGUAUAUAUGUUUGUAGUGAGGGAUUAAUUCUUAAAUUCUUUUUUAUUCAAUUAUUCAUCAUGUAUACCACGAUUAUAUUCUUUAUAUGAAGGAUUUUAAUUCUUUUAAUCAUUA